CCAGCAGCUGAACCGCAUUCGCUCUUCUCAAGUCGCGAGUCAACAGUAGCUCUCGCUGCACCGUGAGAUCCGCCCAGGGCACAGCUCUCUCACGCUUCGCCGUUAUCGCUAAAAGUGCGUGCCGCUGCGCGUGGAAGCAAGGGUCCUUGAAGCAAGGGUUAGCUAGCCAGCAAGCAACAACCCCUGAAUUCGACCUGCACACCCCGGCAGCUAGUGAUCAAGUGAUCAACGCCCGCAGUGACUACUCCAUUCCGUCACUGCGUUGUCGGAAUUCGCUAGACGCACACACUUCGCUCUCCUACUAGUGGUGUGACCACCCAAGGACAUGCGCUCUUCCUCGUCGCCACCUUCUUAGUAGACUGGGUUGUGGGGCAGCGGAGAACCGGAAUCUCGCGAGGCCUCACGAGUAGCAGGAGCUCUUAGGCGGCCAACGCCUCUGGUGCUUCAUAGGCCGUGCGAGCCGUUGGAUCAGCAAGCAAACGCAUCGUGUGACGGGGGGAGGGCGGCGGGAGGAGGGGACAUGGGAGGUCAUGGGGAGGACGGCGAUGAGUACGAGACUCAUGCGCCAGGGAAUCCAAGCCAGCAGCCGCCGCAACAACAGCAACUGGCGGCGCAACAGCAGCAGCAGGCGCAGGACGCGAAGGAAAGGGGAGGGAAAAACUCGUCAUGCCACUGGACGCCGGAGGAGGACAAGAUCUUGCUGAAUCACGUGAUGCGGUACGGCAGCCGCUACUGGGGACUGCUGCAGGCCACGGGGCAGCUGCCGCAGCGGGACCAGAAGUCGUGCUGCAAUCGCUUCCUGCUCCUCAAAAAGCGGUGUCUGGGAACAACAUCAGCGGUGGUCGUCCAUGCCUCGCACGCCGCAGCGGUCUCGCAGUCCGCGCCAUCGCAGCCAGCAGCAGCAGCUGCUUCACCACAAGCACAAGCACAAGCACAAGCGCCAACAGCACCUUCGUCCCCCGCGUCGCAAGCAGCACCGGCAGCAUCACCACCACCCGCCUCAUCCCCCUCUCUCACCGCACCACCAGCCGCAGGCACGCCAGCAACCGUGCGAUCUGCUGCUCUUCCCAUCGCUACGCGCGUCCAACCGUCAGCGCCUGCCUCGUCCCCCGCGGCUGCACCUCGCGUGGGUGCGUCUGCCCCCUUCCCCGCUCACUUGGCUUCACCCGCUGCUGGAGCCCCUUCCGUACCAGCUGGCUCGCCGUCUCUUUCGCCAUCCCCGUCAACUAUGCCGCUUCCUCACGCGCAGCCGUUAGGACGCUCCCCGUUCGCCCAACCCGUGACUUCCCCGACAGCGCCGAUAGACGAGCAGCAUGCUUCCCUCGGCGGCGCCCCGUUGAGGCGAGACAUUUCCACGUCAGGCGCGCCCCCCGCAAGCCCCGCUGCAUCAGGCGGGGCAGGUGCGGGGAUGGCGCAGGUGCGGGUAAAGACCGAGCAGGAGCAUUCAGAGGUGGCGGAAGGCGUGACGGGAGAUGCGGCGGCGUCGAUAGACGGCGCGAGCGGUGGGCUCGCACGGAGCAGCGUGGCGUGCGGCGCGGGAGUGAAGGAGGAGCGCAGCGACGCUGGCGCCGAGAGCGCCGGCCCUGUUGCCGCGUGCAGCGCGGAGGGAGGAGCAUGCGUGGGAGGAGGUGGUGCCGCGGCUGCUGCUGGAGCCACUGCAGGCGCCGUGCCUGCAUGCGCGGGUGGUGCCUCCACUGGUGCUGCGAGCGGCAGCGCUGGUGGCGGGCGAGUGGCGGCGCUUAUUCUCCCCAAUGUGACGCCGGACCUCAUGUCAGCGGCGGCAUCAGGCGCAGCAGUGCCGCUGCCGUCAGUGGUGGCCACGCCGUCCGAGCGCAAGCGCAACAACAAGGUCGUCGCGUGCCGCAUCGCCCUGCUGCUACAGCAGGCCCCGCCGCGCACCCCCCCCUCCGCGUCCGCCGCGGGGGCGUCUGACUCGUCCGCCGUUACUCUUGCGGCGAAUAGUGCGCUCCCCCUUGCCGACUCUGCGCCAACGCCCAUCCGCGCAUCAACAGCAGCAGCAGGGGGGCCGUCCGCCGACCCCUCAGCUGCUUGCGCAUCCUCUGGCGCCGCUGGCUCGGCGGCUCCCGUAGCCCCUUCUGCGCCGUCCGCCACAGCCCCUAACCCCGCGCAACCCGGCGGGUCUGGCGGACCAGCUUCCGCACCAAGGCCGCUUGGUUCCGCCGCGCCCGCGUUCGGCCCCGCCUUUGGUGCGGUCGCGGAGGCGGGACAGGGUAUGAAGGCGGAGGGCGCUGAUAUGGGCACGGGAUCUUCCGCCCGUUACUAUCACCCUGCUGCACCUGGUCAAUGCGGUCAGCAGCAGCAACAGAGUCCAGCUUUCCACCACUAUCAACCAAGUCAGCAGCCCCCCCGCAGUCUUCCCAAUAUCGUCGUUAAUGAGGGGUGCACGAGCGACACGGGCAGGGCGGGGAGAGCGCUGGCGGAGGCGUGCCUGGGAGCUGCGGGAAUGGGCGGAGCUACACCAGCGGAAGACACAGAAGCGCGGGGGACUGCAGUGACGGACGCCCGCACACCAGCGCCAGGACUGCCCCUUUCCCCUGCCCUUCCCGCUGCUCCCCCCGUCCACCUGGCGCGCUGUCACUCCGAGCCCUGUGUCUCCGCCGCUCCCCACGCGGCCCCGCUGGCCAUUUCCGCCGCGCCGUUCCUUCCACAGCAGUGUCACCGCCCUUCCCCCGCUGCCAGCCUUCCCGCUUCCAUCUCCCCUCACCCCUCUGGCGCACGACUGGCCGCCAGGCACUCCGCGCAUGUGUCCCCGCCCGCGGGGACUUACGCGGCGGCCCACGGGCCAGCGAGCGCGGAGAACAGUACCCCACCAAGCGCGCAGCCUAUUUCCCCGUGUAACCACCCCCCCGCCACUCCCACGUUUCUCCCCUCUUCCUGCCCUUCCGCCAACCGCGCUCUUUCCCCGCUCCUUCUUUCCGCCGCCGCCGUUCCGCUCGACGACCCCGCGCCGGUCUUCUCCUGCGCUAUGCAUCCGCCCGCCUUCACGGGCGCGCAUCCGCUGCCUCCGCCGCUUCCGCACUGCGCGGAGCAGGUCCCCGCGGGGCAACCCCUGGGGCGGAGGCCUCGCAGGCUAGCUUUCGGCGGCAGUCCCUCCACGAUUCCCGCCGGCUGUUUCGCUGACCCUCCUGCUGCUGGCGCUCCUGGCAUCGAUGCUUACGUCAUCGCCGGUGUUGCAGCGGCUGGCGGAGGGGCGGCGAUAGCGCGGAGGAAGCGGCAGGCAUGCAGUAGCAGUGGCGGAAGCAGCAGCGUGGGGCGUGGGGAAGGCAGAAACGACGGGGGCAGCAACAGCUGCAGCAGCAGGCGAGAAGGCGCGGGGAGAGACACGGGGACGGCGGACUGCGCGGGCGAUGUGGGCGGAGCGAUGGGGGAAGCGGAGGAGGAGCAGGGGAGAGCGGAUGGGGGGGAGGCGCUGGGGGACGUUGGGCGGAGCGGAAGCAGCAGCGAUCAGUGCGGGGGGGUUGGGGAGGAGGGGGAGUGGGAGCGGGGCGAGAGAGGCGACGUGAAGCGACAUGCGGGGGAGACGCGGUCACGGCCUGGCAGCCCUGCGCACGCUCCCCGUGCCGCCCUGCCCGCUGGCCCCACGCCCCCCGGUGAUUCCGCCCUUACUGCAAGUGCGCCCGCAGGCGCUCACAUGGGUGUGGUGGGGCCCAUGGCGCACCGUGCUCCCGCGUCCCCCGCUCUUGCUGCAUCCGUUACUUGCAGCCCCGGUAGCAGCGGGUCGGCUUUCUCCCCUGGCGUGCACAGGACACGGUACGGGCGCGGGCAUGAGGUGGGCAGGCGUGUGUCAGCCGCUCAGAUGAGCCGCAUGGCAGAUGCGGGCGCGCACGAGCAGCAGCAGCAGCAGCAGCAGCAGUAUCCAUGCACACAUGCCACACAGCACGGACCCCAUUGCCGUGCUGCUCCUCUCCUGUCUCCAGUGCACCCUCCGCUAUCACCAGCAGCAGCAGCAGCAGCAGCAGCAGCAACAGGACCCAUGUCCCCCAACCCCGUCCUGGGCGCGUCUAUAAGCGCGCCCGUGACGCCUACAGCAGCGACGUGCCACGUGGGCGGGCAGCAGCCCCACGCGGCCCUCCACAAGAGCACGUCCGCGCACUCCUUCCUGGCUGGCAUGCGCUGCCUGCUGCCCCUCGGCCCCACCACCUCCCACCGCUGGCUUGGUCCCGUGACUGCUGCCCCAGCAGCAGCAGCAGGAGGAGCAGAGGCGGUGGGCGCAGCAACAGCAGCAGGGGAGGACAUGGGUGCCUUCUCUCUGCCCUCGCCUCACCAUCCCCUUGCCUCUGGUUGCUUGCGCCCGCGUGCCGCUCCGCCUCCCCCUCUCUUCCUCUCCGCCUCCUCCUCCGCCUCCUCCAUGCAAGCCCUUGUGGACGAAGCCUUCCCUUCCGGCCUGCGCCCUGCUCUGCUCCUUGCUGCUGCUGCCGCCCCCACUGCUGCCCCCAGUGCUGCUGCUGCUGCUGAUGGUGAGGCGUGCGUUGCAGCAGCUGCUGUAGCUGACGGCGGCUGUGCCAGUGCAGGUGGUGCUGAUGGUGCGGGCGGGGGUGCAAAUGCGUGGUUGGGUGUGGAGGCGGCAUCGUGUGAGGUGAUGAGUGUGGACGAUGAGGAGGCAGAGCAGGAGCGCAUGGCCGCUCGUGCACUGCUGCGAGUGCUGGAGCUGUGGCCCCAUGCCAUGCAGACCGAUGAGGACGAGGAGGAUGGGGAGGAGGGAGAGAGAACAAGUGCCACUGCAACUACCACCAACACCCCACCAGCAACGGCCACUGCCGCUGCACCGGGUGCUGGCGUGUCUUCUCCCCUUUCCCGCCCGAUCCCGCCUGCUUUUUCGAAUCUCCUGCCUGCUGCUGGUGCCUCAAGUGCGCCUGUCCCCGCCACUGCCCCUGCGACCAGCCUGCCACAACCACAUGGCGAGAUGAAGCAAGGCGAGGCAGCCGGUGCCCUCAAGUGUGCCAGUCCUGCUGCACGCGGCGUUGCUGCAGGGGAAGCAUGUGAGGUCUCUGUUGCACGCGUGCAAGGGAAGGGAAGAGCAGCUGUGGCUGGCGUGGGUGGUGAGGGCAGCAAUAGCGCUGUGGGGAAAGCACGUGGUAGUGCAGAGAGGGAGGAGCAGGAGGGCGGUGUGGGGGAUGCAAGCUCGGUGAAGGGUGAAGACUCAGUGGGUGUGGAUGGUGGGGUUGACAGGGAUGAGUUACCAGGGCAGAGAGAGGAGGAUAGGGAAGAGGGGGAGACCGUUGGAACUGACUGUGAACUGGGCAGGGGUAAGGGAGGUGGCAGUGGCGUGGAGCAGAAAGAACAGCUCCAGAAGCAAGAGAACCUGCAGCAGCAGCAGCAGCAGCAGCAGGGCCAGCAGCAGCGCAACCAGACUGGGCAAAAGCGGCCCAGCACUGCCUCUCCGGACAUGCCUACCACAAAGCGGCUGGCGAUGUUUGGACGCACUUGUGAAGGGCACCCUGCUGCUGUCGCCUCCUCUAUUGCUGCUCCGUCUGGUGAUGGCGGUGGUGCUAGGGCUGCCUGCGGGUGGGUGAUGGGUGAGGAUGACAGUGAGGAGGACACACGAGGAGCGAGGAAGGAAGCCGGUGCUGUGGGUUGCCCUCGCCCUUCCCCCUCUCCAUCUGCAGGCCACGCCCUGCCUAUCGCUGUCCCCAUCCACCACCACCACCACGCUCACACCCCUCCUGCUCCUGCUGCUCCUACUGCUAGUGCCACCGCUGCCACCACCACUGCCACUGCUGGCACUGGUGGUGCUGCUGCCACUGGUGCGUGCAGUAAGCCUAUAUCCCCUGGUGAGGUGGCAGCAGAGGCGGCAAGGGAGAGGAAAGAGAGGGGCCGGUGUGGGAGCAGCAGCAGCAGCAGCAGCAGUGGAGCAGAGACGGAGAGCGGGGUGAGUGAGAGCCUGAUGGAGUACCUGCAGACGGUGGACGACCUCCCAGGGGCGGCCGUGCUGCAGCUGGACAAACACAGCGACUCAGAGAGUGACGCCGACAGACAGCCCGAGCACCAGGGGCGUGGGGACGGGGACGGCCGAGGGGCGGUGCAGGGGUGGCAGGGAUUGGGGAGCGGUGGUGGUGGUAGGCAAAGUGCGGAAUCAGUUGCAGCACCUGCUGCAGUGGUGACUGGUGGUGCUGCUGGAGGGGUGCAUGUGAGUGGCGGUGGCAAGCAGCCGGCAGCAGGUGUGGAUGUGGCGGGCAGGAGGGACAUGGGGCUGUGCAGCGCUGCUGCUGCUCCCAGGGGCGCUGCUGCUGCUGCAGGUGGAGGGGUGGUGGGUGCAGUGGUGGAGAGGAGCAGGGUGCGUGCAGGCAUGGGGGGAUGCUGUUUGGACAUGGAUGCACCUGUUACAGCGGUGGGUGUGGCUGGAGGGUGCACGCGCAGUGUUAGUGCGUGCACCUCAAACGUUGGGUUCUGAGGGACACUUAGGAAUGAACCAGCAGGGUGGGAAUAAUGGUUUACAGAGUUUGAUAGUUGGGUGGUUUGGGGCAUGUGGAUUAAAGCCCAUGGAUUGAGCCUGUUGUGUUGUGGCUACUUGUGUUUGCUUAUCUUUGUCCUUCACAUUCUUGGCACAAGGAAAGGAAAGCCUUCUUGCUG